GUCUUCACCAUAGCCCACGUUACCAUGGCCACAAGCUUCUCCAAGGAUCAGGAGGAGAGAAUCAAGUGUGUUAAGGGGGACCUUUUCUCCUGCCCCCAGACGGACUCAUUGGCUCACUGCAUCAGCGAGGACUGUCGCAUGGGUGCAGGCAUAGCUGUUCUUUUUAAGAAAAAGUUUGGAGGCGUACAAGAGCUGUUAGAUCAACAAAAGAAGACUGGGGAGGUGGCCGUUCUCCAAAGAGACGACCGAUACGUUUACUACCUGAUUACAAAGAAGAAGGUUUCUCACAAGCCAACUUACGAGAAUAUGCGAAAGAGUUUAGAAGCCAUGAAAACUCACUGUCUGAACAACGGGGUUACUGACAUUUCCAUGCCUAGGAUUGGCUGUGGACUCGACCGCCUGGAUUGGAAUAAAGUUUCAGCAAUACUGGGGGAGGUGUUUGAAGACACAGAUAUAAAGAUCACGGUUUACUCUCUGUGACAAGAGUUUAAAGUGAGCCCCGUUUCCCUGGCUUUCAGGAGUGGAAACCUGUUAACUGAUGAGGAAGGACACUGCAUGCUGCGCACCUUCUACUGAGCGUAGCUCGCUCUUGUGUUGGCAGUGG